AUGCAAGGCAAUCAAGCUAUGAUGUUGGGUACUUCAGAUACGACAUUUCCAACAAGUUUCCCAGGCUCUGUCCAGUCCAACGGUCCGAGCAACUUAAAUGACCCACAGCAUGCUGGCACUCCAUCAGCUCAAAAUUCUCCUUCUGGUAGCCAGUAUCGAGCAAACAGCGGUCCGCCACCCCGAACAUACAAUUCACCCAAAGCACCGUCAGCUCAGACUCAGGGCACAUAUGCUUCUGCUAGCACUACCUUCGUAGGGCAAAAGCGUAAUCAUGCUAGCGCCUUCGCAAAGCCUCACACACAGCCCAAUGGAUCCGGUGUCGCACCUUCAGUACCUAGUUUUUAUCAACCACUUCUACCUCCGGGCCCUUCUUCGUCUCUUCCAGGCACAGGAAGCAUCAAUUCUAAGGGACCAUCUCAACACAACAAGCCGCAGGCCAAGAAUAAUCUUUUGGGCUUGACUCCGAAGGCCGGAUACGAAUCAAGCGAGGAUGAAAACGAAGAAGAUGAAGAGUCUAAACUGGCUGAUACCAUCAAGGAUUCUAGUGCAUCUGGACUGGAGAUCGCCCAUCUGGGUCAGACAAUCUGCCUUCGAAAUCCUGCAGAGAUCGCGAGCUGGGUUGCAGAACGUAAGAAAAGGUGGCCGACUCAGGCACGGGUUGUAGAAGCUAUGGAGAAAAGGCGGCUUGUCCAGGACGUCAAGAGGAAAGAACAGGCAGCGCAACAAGCAGCCCGAGAGGAAAAAAGGGAGCAGCAUCGUCAAAUGCGAGAGGCACGAGAAAAGGAGUGGCUUGCGCAAGGGGCUGCUAGGCAAAGGGAAACGCAGAAGCAACAGGCUGACAAUGCCAAGCGCGAGUUAGAGAGAUUGCGAGGGUUGCUUGCUGUCGAAAAAAAGAAAGUUGCCGCUGCCGAACGUCAAGCUGUACCAUCUUCAUCGGAGGGUGGAGAUAGGAAAGGAGCUUGCGACACCGACAAGCAGGCAGCAUCAGCUGGGUUUGUCAUUGCUACUGCAAUCGCCGGUGACGAGACUUCUCCGGACACACCUGAUCUGAGUGUCAAAUCUAAGCAAGGCCACCAUGCCUCAGACUCUCUGCUUGCGGAUGGCAGCAAAUGUGGAGAGCGUGAGCUCAAAUUCCAGUCAGAUGUCUCUGUUUCCGACUCGAGCGCCAGUAUGUCGGCAAGUGACACCGAUGACUGGACCUCCUCGAGCGGCAGCUCUCCUUCAGAGACAGAUUCUGACGCCCAGACCCCGGAGCAAAUGACAUCAAAACAAGAUCAAGCAGUAGAACCCCCUGUUGAGCGGCAGGUCAGGACUAAGGCACCAUGCCACUCCUUCGCGCGCUCUGGGAAGUGCAAAUAUGGAGGCCGUUGUAGAUUCUCUCAUAAGCAAUCAGGUAUGAAACCGCGUGGUCAUAAGGCAAAGCGACAUCAACAAGAAGAGCAACAGAAGGGGACGCGAAUCAGUUUGUACCAGCGUUUGGUCAACCAGGAGAAAGAAAAUGAAGCUGAAAGUGACCGCAAGGCCAAAGAAGAAUCAGGGCUGGCAUGA